CUCAAAACGAUUAAAUAUUUUUGUUGUUUUAAAUUUGCACACAGAAAAUGGCAAAGGAAAGAUCCCUGAGGAAAUCUUUUCAAGAUAGUCUUGAAGACAUUAAGAAGCGAAUGAAAGAGAAAAGGAAUAAAACUUUGGCGGAGCUCGGCAAGCGCAGGUCUUUCACAGUCGCACCAUGCCAAAUAGCCAGCAGCAAUUCUACAAUGCUGAAAAAUUACCAAGAUAACAAUAGGAUGUUAGUUUUGGCUUUGGAAAAUGAAAAAUCCAAGGUAAAAGAAGCCCAAGAAACCAUCCUGGAGUUGAGAAAACAGUGUUACUACCUUACGUAUCAACUGUAUGCCUUGAAAGAAAAACUCAGUUCACAGCAAGCCAAAGAAUCUACUCAGACCCAGGAACCGUGUCCCUCUGGAAUGGACUGCAGUGGCCAUGAGAGCUGCAAGGAGUUGCUUCUAAAGGAUUUACCGGAUGUGGCUCUUCAAGAAACUGACCUUCCAGCACAAAAAGAAUCAUUUCAAAUUGGAGGAAAUCAAGACCAAGUGCCUGCUGUUCCUCAGGACACACUGGGAACUGGUUUUGACUCAAGCGAAACAAAGUCUAGUGACAGUGUCUUACCUAAAACUGUGUCUCUGCGUCGCCAUUUGAAAAAGCGUUCUAAUAGUCGAAGUUACGAUGAUCGCUUGGAUGAUUUUGAAACCAAUCUUUUGGCAGACCGUGCUUCUGAGAUGGAAAGAAUUAGAUAUGUGGAUCAACUAGCCAACAUACACAUGUUUGAAAAGGUAAAGCAAGAUGUGUGUCAGUGGAACAGGGACAAGAUGAAUGCAUCACCAAAGCCGAUUCACCCGGGAAAGUCCACCAAGGUACAAGAAGUCGCUUUGGAACCUAAAUCUAAACAUACCGAAAGUGAGCACAGAGAUACACAGAGGAGGCGAAAAGAAGAAAAGAGGAAAGCCAAAAGAAGGAGAAAAUCAAAAUCCUUUUUAAAGUAUAAAGGACUAGGGUGUAAGCAUAAAAAUAAAAAACCUGUUUGCGGAAAAGAAUUGAGUGAGUCUGUCAGUUCUGGUGACGCUUACAAUUUCUGUUUGGAAGAGGGCAUUCAUCUAACUCCUUUCCGACGAAAAACAAGCGGUGGUUCAAGUGGAGAAGAAAACAGCAGGAGGGCUGACGUGAGCGGCUGGGAGUCGAGUCCUUCUGGGGAUGACUCUGAUGACCUGUACCUGCCCCCUGGCGAGUCCGGUCAACAUGGCUCCGAUGAGUCACACAGGAGACCCGUCACGAGACCUCGAUCUAAGAAAGUGUUAAAGUAUACUGAUGAAAAAGAAACAGAGGCUUCCAAGGAUGAAAAAGAGAAAGAGGUUUCUGUGCCAGCAAAAAGUCCUCCUGCCAGUACACCACCGGAAACUCGCCAGUCGCCUCUUUUGGGCCUGAAGGAUAUCACCAAUACCCCUUUGAGUCCUGUAGUGAGAAUCAGAAGACUUUCUUUGUCUCCAGAAACGAAUACAGAAAGCACAACCGUGUCCCUGCCCAAGCGCAGGUGCACAAGCAACGUGAGCUACAAGGAGCCCACGCUCGCUUCGAAACUGAGAAGAGGGGACCCUUUUACAGACUUGUUUCUCUUGAAUUCUCCUAUUUUCAAGCAGAAAAAGGAUUCAGGACAUUCUAAGAAAAAAAGUGGGAGAUAAACACGGUGAGACUUGGGGUGGAUGCUCCCUGAAUCCGUCCCCGACCCCUUGCCAUUGUUCCAGGACAGAGGCCAUCAGCACACAGACGAGCGGCGCUCUCGUCACGAAGUAUGCUCUUAACAGGACCUUCCUUUAUUGACAUUCCUCAACGAUGCAUUUCAAAUGUGGUGUUUUAUCUUAGCCUUACGAAAUUAAUUUUUCCUUUUGCCUAUAAACUGGACUUGAGCAGUAAAAUUGUUCAAAUUUCUUAUGCUAACACCUUGAUUUUAUUAAAUGCAUAGGCCACAUUUUUGAAAUUAAUGAUUAUUCAAAUUAAGUUUUAA